UUGGUUUUUCUCCCAAAAUUCACCUGCAUAGAUCGAGUAUUCCUAUACGAUUACACAAUUCCUGAACUGGGUUUUUCUGGGUUUCUUCAGUUCUUUACGAAAAACAUUUGCUUUUUAUCCACAAUUUGACUUUAAUCCUCGGAAAAUUUUUUUUGGUCCGAUUCUGUUUGGUUGCUUUCGAAACUGUUGUUGAUAACAAAAAAAAAAAUGUUUGGUGUGAAUGAUUACGAUGUUUUAACCUCUCUUAAGAUUCCCAUCAGAAACUUUAAAAAUUCCACACCUUACACGACUCUUCCUCUUGUAUUUUAAUUUUUUUUUUCUUGCAGGAUCUCAUUUCCCGACCAAAUUCAUCGAACUAACAACACAACUUCACUGUAAUAAAACUUUAAAGAAACAGAACAAUGGCGGUUUAUUACACAAGUAAUGUCGGUUGUUACCAGCAAGAACCUAUCUUUCUCAACCAUCAACAACAACAACAACAGCAAGCUUCUUCUUCCUCUGCCGCCGCUUCUUUCACCGUCACCGGCGGUGACAAUGUUCGUAACGAGAUGGUUUUCAUCCCACCCACCACAGGAGACGUUGUAACUGUAAACGGUGCCGUUUCGAGCAGCGAUUUAAGUUUCCACGAUGGUCAAGGACUGUCUUUAAGUCUCGGCACUCAGAUCUCUGUUCCUCCGUUUCAAUAUCAUCAGUACCAGUUGGGUUUUACUCAGAAUCCGUCACUAUCUUCAGUCAAGGAAACGUCAACUUAUAAUGUGGAUGAGAUGAGUGUGAAGAGCAAAGAGAUGUUGUUGUUGGGUCAAUCUGAUCCUUCCUCUGUUUAUGCUGGUAAUGGUGGGAAUGGUUUCUACAACAAUUAUCGGUAUAACGAGACAUCAGGAGGGUUUAUGAGCGGUGUUUUGCGUUCUCGGUACCUUAAACCUGCUCAGGGUUUGCUUGAUGAAGUGGUUAGUGUCAAGAAAGAACUAAACCAAAUCGGUAACAAGAAGAUGAAAGUUAACGACUUUAACAAUGGUUCCAAGGAGAUAGGCAGAGGAGGCAGUGGCGAGUUAUCGAGUGAUUCUAAUGGGAAAUCAAUUGAGUUAUCUACAGUUGAACGUGAGGAGCUUCAGAACAAGAAGAACAAGCUUAUGACAAUGGUUGAUGAGGUAGAUAAAAGAUAUAACCAAUAUUACCAUCAAAUGGAAGCAUUAGCUUCAUCGUUUGAGAUAGUAGCAGGACUUGGAUCAGCUAAGCCUUACACAUCAGUCGCUCUCAACAGAAUCUCUCGCCAUUUCCGCGCUCUUCGUGAUGCGAUAAAGGAACAGAUUCAGAUUAUUAGAGACAAACUUGGGGAGAAAGGAGGAGAGUCGUUGGAUGAUCAACAAGGAGAGAGAAUACCAAGGCUGAGGUAUUUAGAUCAACGGUUGAGACAGCAAAGAGCUUUGCAUCAACAGCUUGGAAUGGUUCGACCCGCUUGGAGACCUCAAAGAGGUCUUCCUGAAAACUCUGUCUCUGUUCUUCGCGCUUGGCUCUUCGAACAUUUCCUUCAUCCAUACCCUAAAGAAUCUGAGAAAAUCAUGCUUGCGAAACAGACCGGACUGUCGAAAAACCAGGUUGCCAACUGGUUCAUAAACGCGAGAGUUCGUCUAUGGAAACCGAUGAUAGAAGAGAUGUAUAAAGAAGAAUUUGGUGAUGAAUCUGAGUUACUAAUCUCCAAAUCAUCUCAAGAACCCAACAGCACUAACCAAGAAGACUCUUCGUCGCAGCAGGAGCAGCAGCAGCAAGAGAACAACAACAACCACCUCGCUUAUUCAUCUGUAGACACAACAAACAUUGCCUUCUCAUCCGAAAUCAAACCGGAUCGUGUUUCAGGCAAUGAUGAUGAGCCACAACAACAACAACAACAACAGAUGAACCGGUCAGCGGAUUACGACACUCUGAUGAACUAUCAAGGUUUUGGUCUCGAUGAUUACCGUUACAUUGGCGGAAGCAACCAGCAAGAAAGCAGAUUCUCCAAUUCCCACCACUUACAUGACUUUGUUGUUUGAUAUAAUCGGUUCUUAGCACAAAGGACAUGAUUCUUGAAGCACAAGAAAAUGUGCUUUUGCAUUUUUAUAGUUUUAGGCAUGAUACACCCAUUUCUCUGUGGAAUAUAAUAGUAGAUGUCUAGGGUUGCUUUUUGUGGAUAGUACACUCGUAAGCCAAAAAAAAUAUUGAUAUGUGUGUAUAAGAUUCACGGUGGUAUAAAGGAUACUUGCAAGUGUGACCAUCGUUUCAA